AGGAAAAAAAAGAACUGGAGCCUAAGGAGCCAUACCUAAGGAGCCAUACCUACCUAAGGAGCCCUGAAAAAACUCAGGCAAAGGGCCUUACCUAAAGCGGUUUAGUGGAGGGGAUCGAUGGCAGCCCACUUGUGCUGACCCCACUUCGGCAGAAAAAGUUCAGUUCACAGGUCCCCCGAAAUUUAUUCUCAGGCCUUCACAAAAUCUGGUUGGGAGAAUUUCUUUCUCGAACCCCACGUUCUUCCUUCCUUCCUCAUUCUCUCUUCCACCAAAAUCCUCUCAGACAGCAAAAUGGCGGACGAACUGUAUGACGGUGCCAUUGGCAUUGAUUUGGGUACUACCUACUCCUGCGUUGCUAUCUACGAGGGUACCAAUGUCGAGAUCAUCGCCAACGAGCAGGGUUCUUUCACCACCCCUUCUUUCGUUUCCUUCACCGAGAAGGAGCGUCUGAUUGGUGAGGCCGCAAAGAACAAUGCUGCCAUGAACCCCCGGAAUACCGUCUUCGAUGCCAAGCGUCUGAUCGGUCGCCGCUUCGAUGACCCUACCGUCAAGAAGGACAUCGAGUCUUGGCCCUUCAAGAUCGUCGAUGAUGGUGGUAACCCCCGCAUCGAGGUCGACUACCUGGGCGAGAAGAAGACCUUCUCUGCCCAGGAGAUUUCCUCCAUGGUUCUCGUCAAGAUGAAGGAGAUUGCCGAGACCAAGCUUGGCAAGAAGGUCGAGAAGGCCGUCAUCACUGUCCCUGCCUACUUCAACGACAACCAGCGACAGGCCACCAAGGAUGCCGGUUCUAUCGCCGGUCUCAACGUCCUCCGUAUCAUCAACGAGCCCACCGCUGCCGCUAUCGCCUACGGUCUCGGUGCUGGUAAGUCCGAGAAGGAGCGCAACGUCCUGAUCUACGAUCUCGGUGGUGGUACUUUCGAUGUCUCCCUCCUGAACAUCCAGGGUGGUGUCUUCACCGUCAAGGCCACUGCUGGUGACACCCACUUGGGUGGUCAGGAUUUCGACACCAACCUGCUCGAGCACUGCAAGAAGGAGUUCUCCCGCAAGAGCAAGAAGGAUCUCUCCGGAGAUGCCCGUGCUCUCCGCCGUCUCCGAACUGCUUGCGAGCGUGCCAAGCGUACCCUGUCCAGCGGUGCCCAGGCCACCAUUGAGAUUGACUCUCUCUUCGAUGGUGAGGACUUCACCAUGUCCAUCACCCGUGCCCGUUUCGAGGACCUUAACGCCAAGGCCUUCUCUGGCACCAUCGAGCCCGUUGCCCAGGUUCUCAAGGACGCCGCCAUGGAGAAGAGCGGUGUUGACGAGAUUGUCCUGGUCGGUGGCUCUACCCGUAUCCCCAAGAUCCAGAAGCUUCUGUCCGAGUUCUUCGAUGGCAAGAAGCUCGAGAAGUCUAUCAACCCCGAUGAGGCCGUUGCCUACGGUGCCGCCGUCCAGGCCGGUAUCCUCUCCGGAAAGGCCACCUCCGCCGAGACCGCCGACCUCCUCCUCCUCGAUGUCGUUCCCCUGUCUCUGGGUGUCGCCAUGGAGGGCAACAUCUUCGCUCCCGUUGUUCCUCGUGGACAAACUGUCCCAACGAUCAAGAAGAGAACCUUUACUACAGUCGCUGAUAAUCAGCAAACACAAUUCCCUGUUUUCCAGGGCGAGCGUGUCAACUGCGAGGACAACACCUCCCUGGGUGAAUUCACCCUUGCUCCUAUCCCUCCCAUGAGGGCCGGUGAGGCCGUCCUCGAGGUUGUCUUCGAGGUCGACGUCAACGGUAUCCUCAAGGUCACCGCCACUGAGAAGACCUCUGGCCGCUCUGCCAACAUCACCAUUGCCAACUCUGUCGGCAAGCUCUCCACUGGCGAGAUCGAGAAGAUGAUCAGCGGUAUGUUUCCCCUGUUACGAGUGCAUAAAUCAGUCCAAACUAACUCGAAAUAGACGCCGAGGCUUUCAAGAGCAACGACGAGGCUUUCAGCAAGAAGUUCGAGGCCAAGCAGCAGCUUGAGUCUUACAUCGGCCGUGUCGAGGAGAUCGUCUCCGACCCUACUCUGUCCCUCAAG